CUUUUCGUCCCACAGCGGUCUGUCGUCUUCCGAAACAGCGCGGAGGCAGGCGGAGGCUAAGAAAACCCCGCUCCUCGGGUGCCGCCAGGUUGUCUGACUGCCCAUAGUGCCCACAACCAAGCAGAAGAGAGACGCGGAGACCUGAAAGACAGCCAGCGUGAGUGAAGCCUUCAUCAUAAUUCCGGAGUGAAUCGAGGCAGGCAUGGCUUCAGCAGAAACCGUGACAGCGAGCGACAGCAGCAUGGAGCCCGAACCGUUCCUGACGCGGGAUCCCCGCACCAUGGACUGGCCACUGGCCGGUAACAAGCAGUUCCUCAUCACCCUGUUCGUUGCCUACGUCUACAUCGUCAAGGUGGGUGGGCCACGGUUCAUGAAGGGCCGCAAGCCUUACGACGGCAUCAAGCCGCUCAUCAUCCUCUACAACGCGACCAUGGUGCUGCUCAACUGCUACUUUGUGGUGGCCUUCCUCUCCAAGUCGUACCUGGGCGGUGGUUACAACCUCUUCUGCCAGGGUAUCAACUACGAGGCUCGCGACGAGGUCACGAUGAGCAUGCUCACGCUCUGCUGGUGGUACCUGAUGGUGAGGAUAGCUGACUUUCUGGACACCAUCUUCUUCGUGCUCCGCAAGAAGGACUCGCACAUCUCCUUCUUGCACGUCGUCCACCACAUCCUUGUCGUCUUUAACGGCUGGUUCGGUCUCGCCUACGGUCCCGACGGUCAGGUCGCGCUCGGUGUAAUCCUCAACAGCUUCGUGCACGUAAUCAUGUACAGCUAUUAUUUCCUGUCGUUGCUCGGCCCGUCCGUGCAGAAGCACCUGUGGUGGAAGCGCUACCUCACCCAGUUCCAGCUCGUCCAGUUCUUGAUGAUAUUCGUGCACACCAUGAUGCCGCUCUUCAUCAGCUGCGGCUACCCGAGGCCGCACACGUACAUCAUGCUGAGCGAGGCCGUCUUCUUCUUCACCAUGUUCGUACGCUUCUACCUGAAGGCCUACAGUGACAAGAAGGGUCCCAGCAUAAAGGGUGAAGCCGUCAAGAACAAAGCCCACUGAGAACUUCUAGCCACACGUUAGUUUGCUAAUAGUUUGGUUUGAAGAAAGAGUAGCCAGAAGAUAGGCCCACCUAGAGAACGAAACGACGGAAGUGGUAACGCUCUGUUUUACUGUGUUUUACAAACUCACCUCUCGAUCCUGUGAUAUAGAGUGAAGACUGAAGCACUGUUUUGUUAACAUCAGUUUCAUGUGUCACUCUCAUCUUGUUUAUUUUUUCAACGGACACAGUGUAAGGCGUACUUCAUUCGUAUGUUUCCGCUAUCGGAACCCACGUAUAGGGAUGUCACUUCGCGAAAUUGGCGUCCGGUAUUUCGAGGUAGGAAAUGCUAAGAAAUGCCUUAAGCAUGAGGCGCAGGUGAAAUAAGCAAUCAAUGUCUAUUCGAAACUUCUAACAUACAAGUGCACAUCGUAUAUAUUGGCGUUUUGAAAUUGUCGUCAUGUCCCUUUACACUAUCGGGUUACCUUGAAAUACGGUUGAAGUCUAAACGUCCGUAAUCGAGGCCUAAACCGUUUCGAGCGAUUCCUUUGCCAUAACGCGUAUUUUUAAAUCGCGUGUAAGUUCAAAACAUUGCUGAACGGUCAGCGGUUUCGAGAACAAUCGGAUGCGAACAGAUGACAUCAUUGUAUGUAGCUGUCCACCGAUAACGCUAGGUGUUUGUGAAACGCCGUUUCUCAUUUCGAAAUGCUACAUAAUACGGACGUCGUCCUCCACUUCGAUGAAUAUCGUUUGGACAAUGAUGGUAUGACUGAACAGACCCUUGGCCAGGAGUUUAUUCCGGGGAGGGCCCGCCUGGCGAAGGCUUUCACUACUUCGAAAAAUUGCGUCCUAUCUUCAUUGCUUAUUUCCGGUUAAACGCCCCCCUCCCUUUUUUUUCCAUCAGAAUAUAGGGAGUACCCAGGCCCCUAGGACACUCCCAUCCUGGCUAUGGGCUUGGGACAGUAUAUAUGAGAUAUAGAUUGUACAUAGUGUUGCUAUUUGAAUUCUCAUAAUGCCACGGUAUUUAUUAUUGGCUAUUGACGUUUUUUUUUCGUUUUUCUUUUAAAACGUGUCUGCUUUGUUGCACGUGUGUUGUCUUUAGGACGCGUUUCUUUAUGACGCGUCCUUUGAACGGCUUGUUUGUCACGUUUUUGUGUUGUUACUUCGUGUUGCGAAUUGCCUCACUUGCACUGGUCAUUUUGUGUUGUAAAUAAAAUAUUUUCGUCGUUACUUUA